AUGCCACAGGAGAUGAAGCUCCUGCUGGAAGCCAUCGGUGAGGCGCCAAGCGAAGAGGAGCUCUUCCGCUUCAUGGCAGACGUGGAUGAAGACGGGACAGGCGAGAUCGAGUUCGCAGAGUUCCUGCGCGCCUUUGAGAAGCAGCGAGGGGGGGCACAGGAGCUCGAGGACGAGCUGGACACCAUCGAUGCCUUCGUGGCACUCGGGGGCGAGCCAGAUAAGACAGGCUACAUUGACACGCAGCGGUUGAUUCAGGUCGUGAAGGAUGAAUUUGGCAUGACCAUCAAGAUCGAGCGACUGAUCGAGGAGCUUGACAAGGACAAGGAUCAGAAGCUGGACUACCGUGAAUUCGCGGCGCUUUUCCAGUGA